AACCCCAAAAUCAAAGGUCACAGCUGGUCUCUUCUCAUAUCGUUUAUUCUCUCCUCUCCCAUCUCAGUUCUCAGUUCUCAGUUGUCUGUUUCAUUGAUUCACAGAUGGAUAUUGAGCAAGAAGAGAUGCAAUUCCUUGGAGUGUUUGAUAUAUUCAAAGAAGCCUACAAAAUCAUCCUCACAUGUAGAAAAAUCUUUAGCCAAAUAACCCUUACCUUAAUCUUCCCUCUAAGCCUCUUGAUCUUAAUCCACAUACAAGUCUCCGACAUCCUUUUCCGUAACAUAAUCCAUAACGAGUUCGUUCUAGUGGACACCCAAGUCGGAACUACCAAGUACAACAGCCUCUCUCGCCACAUCUCCUCCGAAUGGACCUAUUUCUGGCUCUUCAAAGCCCUUUACUUCACUUUCCUCCUCAUCUUCUCUCUCCUCUCCACCUCCGCCGUCGUUUACACCGUCGCGUCCGUCUACACCGCCCGAGACUUGUCCUUCAAAAAGGUCAUCAGUGUCGUUCCCAGGGUUUGGAAACGCCUCAUGGUCACUUUCUUGUGGACCUUCCUGGCCUUCUUCGCCUACAACCUCGUCGCCUUCAUUAUUAUGAUUCUCGUUGCUGUCGUUUUGUUUGAAUUUUCUUACAACUGGGGGAUGGGGUUGCUUGUCGUUUUGGGGUUGUUGUAUGGUGUGGGGUUUGUAUACUUGAGCUUGAUUUGGCAGCUGGCCAGUGUCGUUUCGGUCUUGGAAGACGUUCGUGGGAUUCAAGCCAUGAAUAAAAGCAAGGCGUUGAUCAAGGGAAAGAUGUGGACAUCAAUUUUCUUAUUUGGGAUUCUUACCGUUCUCAGCUUCGUCUUCCAAUUCACGUUUCAGAAGCUCGUCGUUCACGGAUGGUCGUUCGGGAUGUUCGGUAGAGUAGCAUUCGGUGUCGUUUGCUUGUUGGUGUUCGUCAAGUUGAUGCUUCUGGGGCUUGUUAUACAGACCAUUCUUUACUUCGUUUGCAAAUCUUAUCACCACGAGAACAUCGACAAGUCAGCUCUUUCGAAUCACCUUGAGGUUUAUCUACUCGGAGAAUAUGUCCCUAUCAAGGCCAAGGAUGUUCAGCUUGAACAAUUUGAAGUUUGAUCAUCAUAUAAUAUCAAGUGAUCUUAAUCAGCUGGUAUAUUUACUUAGUUUUCUUUUGGAUUAUAUAUUUUAAUUACGUACUUGUUAUAUAUAAGAUAAUGAAUUUGUAAUUUUGUAUGCCGUCCACUACUUAUAUAAAUGGAAAAAAAAAUACAUUUUUUCUUAA